AUCCGUGACUGCUUCCUCAGGAUGUGGCUUUCGGUUCAGGGUUUUAAGGGAGGGGGUGACUCUAUGACAACCGAAGGCUUACCUUUUGAUCGGUGGCACCUGUCAAAGAAAUAUGUGUGAGAAAGUGUUUUCACGUUUAAGUAUGAUGCGUUUGCUCACGAGCCAGAAAGAGGCUGCUGUCACACGAGGCUGCGUUUUAAUUUCGUUUGCUUGUUCACACGUUCACGGGUCGAUGUGAAUAGAUAGCGCACAAACAAAAGCAACAGGUUAUGGAUAAAGAGAGAAGAACAUUGUUUUCAGAUGCAAUGAGCGUCUUCUAACUCAAGAGUGCUUCAGCCAUUUACAACACGUCACAUGGCUGACCACACGUCUCCCGAACCUGAGUCACUCUCCUUCGCUCCCAUGUUUCGACCUCAGACAGAAGGUCAAAGGUCAAGCCACGACCUUUACCAGCAAAGCUCAAUGAGUGGGCUCGGCCCGUUUGAAGUCCCGUGUGAAGCACCGGACGGCACCGGCUCCGCUCUGAACGGAAUAGAUCAAUCGGGGAGCCCUGCUUAUUGGGGAAGCAUGUCCCCAGUGUCCUCUAUGGGACUCAACAGAAUCAAGGCACAAGCUGGAGUGUAUGAGACCGACUGGAGUUCUCAUUGCCACCAACAGGAGGCGGUGGACUGUUACGAAACAACUGGGCGCCAGCAACAAAAACUGGAUUCUUUCUCCGAAGCAUUUUGCAGUCGUAACAUGCCGCGAAUGCAGGGUGGAGGAGAGCAGAGCGGCUUCAACAACUCGACUCCUCCUUCCCAUUCCCUCUCUUUCCCUUUGGUUCUCAGCCCACCUCCGACGCCCCUGCCUCCUCAGUCCUUCUCUCCUCCCAAACGACCUCAACACUUCCUACCCGGACAGAUCUUGAGCCAAUCGCAGACGGAUGGGUCGCUGCAGUUCUUCCCUUCUCUCCCCUCGCCGUCCAGCAGCAGGUACAAUCACCCCAUUUGGCUCCAGCUGCAAGCUGACGGCAACGAAAGUUUGGAGUUAACGCAGCACCUCCAACAAGAUUCAAACUCCUCCCUAGUUUAUUCGGAGCAUGGAAGCCCUCAUCUGAAACAAAUGAACUCCCAGCAGAAAGACUGUUCAAUGCAAAUGUCCCUCAACCCUGCACUGGCUCAACAUCAUCAUCCUCAGUCGUGCGUACAGCAACAUCUAGGUCACGAGCCCGGGACAUCUGAAGAUCACAUGACAUGGCCUCAGAUGGGGCAAUCAUCCCAUUCAUAUGGGCCUUCUCUGCACCAGUCCAGUCUCCAUGUGCAGGGCUCAGAGCCAGGAGAAGGAUCACGAUUAAGUUUUGGACAGAACUUCAGUCCUGGGUCCUCAGACAAACUUCAGGGGUCCUCCAGCACACAGAAUGUUCCCAGUUCCGGAUACACUGGAGUCCCAUUCAACAGUGUGAUCCAGCUGAGUAGAGACUUUAUGGAGACCUGGGAAGGAACGGCAUCUCACUUUACACCACCUCCGAUGCUGAACCCGACACGUAGUGGAACGGGGCUCUUCUGCAACCUGCUUUCUUCCCUUGCUGUGGAAAACAGAGCGCUGUGGACAGACGAGAGGAAAGAGGAUGACUCACAAAGGUGCAUAAAUAUAGGCCCUGAUUUCCAAGCUGAGCUGCCAGAUCUGAUCGUAGGAAGAGAGCAUGAUGAACGUCCAGAGGAAGCGGUCAGGGAGGAGCUGUUAUGGAAACCUUGGGCAGAGCUAGAAGAAAAUGACACCCUUUUACAGCACGUUGAGAGUCUUCUUGACCUGAGUGCCUCCAGUGUUCUACCAGGAGGUGGCGCCAACCUGGAGCUUGCCCUUCAUAGCCUGUCUCGGUGCAAGGGAAACAUAAUAGCAGCGCUGGAGAUGCUGUUGUUUAAAGACUCCCCUCCAUCUGGAAGCUAUCACUAUUCUGGAAUGGAUAUCUGGACUUUGAGUGAACAAAGACUGUUCCAUAAGGCAUUUGCAAUUUAUGGAAAAGAUUUCUCCUUUGUGCAUAAAAUGGUGAGAACAAAGCAGGUGUCACAGUGUAUUGAAUUUUAUUACAACUCCAAGAGGCUUUCAGAGAAACAAAGGAAGCAGAUGGAGAGAGAAAAAGAAAGUUUGGAGGAAGAGAGACUUGCAGCAGUCAUCAAUCAGGUUCUUCCAGCCCCAAAGACGCUAGUUAACCAAGGCAGUAUGGAAAGACUGGUCCAUACUCCGCUACUUCCCACAAGCUUUCCCUGUAAACAGUGUGGAAAGAUGUUCUACAAGAUAAAAAGUAGAAAUGCUCACAUGAAGAUCCAUCGACAGCAGCAAGAGGACUGGAGAGAAAAACUACAGAUACACCCAAACCAGCAAAUCCUAAAUCAGACACACCAUCAGAAUCACAUCCUGACCCAAAGUUUAAUUCAGAAUUUGGUCCAAACACAUUCCCAGUUGGCUUUUCUUCAAAGCACAAAGACUCAGAGCACAUGCCCAACCAGUAGCGCCAGUUGCAUGGCUCCCACCCAGAACCCACAGAUCGUGCCCAAAGCACCCCCCUUAACCCUCCACACUGGACAUCAGCAGACAUGGAGCGCCCUGCACAGUGUAGAAACAGGUGGCCUGUUUUAUAACCGAGGUUCUGUGGUAAAUGGGCUCCAUUUGAGCAUACAGGAUAGUGCAAGUAAACCAUGGACUGAUAACCAAUAAUUUACAUUAUGUCUGUACAGUUGUUUAUCCCUUUCAAUGCCAUAAGAACUUUCAUUAAAUGAUCUUACAUGUUU